AUGGCGGCCAAAUACGAGCGUCUACCCACCUCCGACCGCUCAGCACGCUCGCGCUCCUCAUCGCCCCUAUCCUCUACAUACACGCUCACCAACGAAGACGCCGACGUCGAAUACGACGCACCCCUCAGCCCACGAAACAGGGAAACCCGCGAAUGCAUCAGGGCCUUCCACGCCGACCCGCGCUUCCACCAGCCAACACCCUCGCCAUGGGCCCGCGCUGCCCUCCUAUUCACCCUGUUCUUCCUGUUCUGGCUGGCGUGGAAGAUGAGGCUGGCUAUCUUUGUUGAUUUCGGGUUGGGGUCGGACGCUCAGACGACGGAGCAGGUGGAUCUGAGUUAUUGA